AUGAUUAAAUAAUUUUAAGUUGAUGAAGAAUAAAAGAAAUUAUAAAAUAGUAGUAGAGGACAAGCAGAUUAAAUUAAAAGUAUUUUUUUAAAUAGAACUCUAGGUCCUGCAUCAAAUUAAUAAAGAUUAGAUAGUGGUCCAGAUAUACCAAUUUAAAAAAUGACACCUUCAGCUUCUCCUUUAUUAUAAAAUAAUAAACCUUUGUUAGAAUCUAAAUUGGAUGAACCAGUUAAUCCUGGUAUCACUCCCUUUUAAUAAUCUUCAAAGAAAAUAUAAUUCACAGGCGUCAGAUCAGAUCAAUCAAUACAAAAAUCUCCAGUUGAAAGAGUACCUUAUGAAAAAUACCAUAGAAAUGGUAAUGUUAGUUUGUAAUAAUUAAAUCUACCUAAAUUACCCGGAUUUAAAUUAGAAUUUGGCCCAAUGUUUUUAAUUAUUAUGGGUUUAUCCUUUCCUUUUGGAAUACUUUUAGCUUAUAUUAGUAGUGAAUUCGAUUCAGGAACAUUUACAUUUGUUAAUUGUUGGCUUUUAAUUGGAUUAUUUACUUUAUCAUUAAUUCAACAAUUAUAUACUCAUAAAAAUGGAUUAUGCAAUUAUAUACUAUCAAAAACAGAAUUAGAUUAUUGGAAUGAACCUAAAUUUAUUAAAAUUAUGUGGGGUAUCCGAAUAGUAUUAUUAAUUGUAAAUUUAUGUUUAACUAUUUAUUAUGGUUAUUCAGUUUGGAAUGAUAAUAUAAGUGAUUCAAUCAUAUCAAUAUUUGUAUUUUUAACUAUUCUUACCUUUUGCAAUAUGAUUUUUAUUAUUUUUAUCUUUUACGUAAUUAUUGUUAUUUAUAUUUUAAGGCUAUCAUUCCAGUAAGCAAUAAAUAAUUAGUUGUAAUCAAAGGAAGGGUAGAUAGAAUUUAAAGAAUGUAGGAGAAUAUUUAAAUACCAUUAUCAUUCUAAUUCUGCAAUCAAAUCCUUGGAGUAUUUUAACAUGGAUCUGAAGGCAAUAUCUAUCAAAGUACUAUUGCUUCUUAAAAUUAUUAAAAAUUUGUUAAUGAGGUAGAAGAAAGAUAAAGAGAACUACUUGUUGUGGCAAGAUCAAGAAAUGAUAAAUUAUCUCACGAUGCUAGUGAUUUUGUUAAUAAAUUGACUAAGCAACUAAAAGAAAAGAAAGAUAAUCAAAUGAACAUUCAAAGAGUAAGUAAUCCCGGUAUUGCUCCGUUUGACAUACUGGUUAAUUAUGUUUCUUUCUUUUUCUUAUAUUGCAUAGGAUUUCCUAUUUUUCUCUAUUUUGCUAUGGCGUAUCAAGAAGUUAAAACUGAUUAUUUGCCAUUGUUAUUCUUUCUUUAUCCCUUAUCCCUAUAUAUAUGGAAGAAAUUUACAUUAAGCUUUUUUACUAUGAAAUAAUAUGUAGAUUAUAAUUAUGAAUCUAAAAUUGUAAUUUUAGGAGUUACAUGUUAUAGAAUAGGAACUAUGUCCGUUUAAAGAUUGGGAGUUAGAUUUUUUAUAGAAUUUUUAUUGAUCAAGUUUGCUUGCAAAAUUCUUUAUUAUUGGAUUUUUGUAUUUGGUUAUUAUUUUAAUUUGGACUAAAGAAAAUAAAUGUUUAUGAAUUACAUUAGGGGCAGUGUUAUUGAUAAUUCACAAUAAAAAAACAAAUUGUAAACCAAGAAGACCACUUUGAUUCAAUCUGCUGCAUAAGUAAAAGACAAGAGACAUUCUCUAUAUGAAGCCUAAGAAUAAGAAACUCCUUCAUUUUCUAAAACUGCUGCUAAUUGGAUACAUGUUGACAAUAUCGAAAACAUAAAAAAAGCCUUAGUUACAAAAUAAAUAUUUGGAUUUGUAUUAUAGGAAGUCUUCGAAAUUGUAAUUGCCCUCUUAUUUAUUAUUCUCAGUUAAAUUUUAUAUAAUGAAUAACAAUAAACUUAAAAAUGGUCUACAUUUGAUGUUAAAAGCGAUGACCAUCAUAUAUUUUAAUUAGAAAUAGGACUUGAAAUACUUGUUGAAUUUGCUUUUUGUAUCAUUACAAUUAGCUUUUAUGUCAAGAAAUUAAGGUAAAUAUAUUUUAUUAAUCAUUAAGAAUUCCAAACACAUAUAGUUUUUUUCAAUAAAUUUAACAUAUCAUUGGGAAUGAUGGAUUGAAAUCAUUAAUUUAUGAUUAUUGUUUCGCUAUUGUUGUAUGUUUUUUAAUUGUAGGGAAUAAAUUUGAAAUUAAAUGA